UUAGCGUUUUCGCUCGAUGCGCGGUGUAACGCGGCCAUUUUGUUUUUCGUUCUUGUGAAAUGUGGAUAAACUUUUGUAUAUGAAUUUCCUUAAAAAAAUCAACAAAAUACUUCAGUAAUUUCAUAUGUAUAUGAUUUAAAAGUGUUGAUAAAGUGAAAACAAAGGAAAAUUUCAAUUUAAGUUACUGACAUGGGACGGGGAAGGGAUCGCAGUAGGGACCGGCGUCGUAGUCGUACUAGGAGUAGGAGUAGAAGUCGUAGUCGCAGCCCUCGUUAUGGCCUCGGGUCUGGCGGAGGCGGCGGCGGCGGCUAUGGCGGCGGCGGCGGCGGUGGUGGACGCCGCAACAACCCUGGUGCUAAUUUACGCAAGCCUAAGUGGGACUUGAGUAGACUGAAACCAUUUAAAAAGGACUUCUAUGUACCCCAUUCAGAUGUUGAAAGUAGGACUGAAUCAGAAGUGGAAGCUUGGAGAAGCGAAAAUGAUAUCACAUUAAAGGGUCGUAAUAUACCAAAACCAACAUUGACGUUUGAAGAAGCUGGAUUUCCCGACUAUGUGAUGGAUGAGAUUGAAAAGAUGGGGUUUUCUAAGCCCACUCCGAUUCAAGCUCAAGGUUGGCCCAUUGCAUUGAGUGGUCACGAUAUGGUCGGCAUUGCUUCUACUGGAUCUGGAAAAACUCUUUCAUAUAUUUUACCAGCUAUUGUACACAUCAAUAACCAGCCGAAAUCCAGCCGAGGGGAUGGACCAAUAGCCUUGGUGCUGGCCCCUACGAGAGAACUCGCUCAGCAAAUCCAAGAAGUCUGUGACAAGUUUGCAAAUACAUCUAAAAUUCAUAACACAUGUUUAUUUGGGGGAGCACCUAAAGGACCGCAAGCUAGAGAUUUGGAUAAUGGAGUCGAAAUUGUUAUAGCAACUCCUGGACGCUUACUGGACUUUUUGGAAAGUGGUAGAACAAAUCUCAAAAGGUGCACAUAUUUGGUGUUAGAUGAGGCAGACAGAAUGUUGGAUAUGGGAUUUGAACCUCAAAUUAGAAAAAUCAUUGAACAAAUCAGGCCAGAUAGACAAACUCUCAUGUGGUCAGCUACAUGGCCAAGGGAAGUACAAUCAUUGGCUUCAGAGUUCUUAAAGGACUAUUUACAGAUAAAUGUGGGCUCAUUGCAAUUGGCUGCUAAUCACAACAUACUGCAAAUUAUAGAUGUUUGUAUGGAAUAUGAGAAAGAAACAAAGUUGAGCACUCUACUUAAAGAAAUCAUGGCUGAAAAAGAAAACAAGACCAUAAUCUUUAUUGAGACAAAACGUAGAGUGGAUGACAUAACUCGAAAAAUGAAAAGAGAUGGGUGGCCGGCAGUGUGCAUUCACGGUGAUAAGUCACAGAAUGAGCGUGACUGGGUAUUGCAAGAUUUUCGUAGUGGCAAAGCUCCUAUUCUUGUAGCUACAGAUGUUGCAGCAAGAGGAUUAGAUGUUGAUGAUGUGAAAUUUGUCAUUAAUUUUGACUAUCCCAGUAACUCUGAAGAUUAUGUUCACCGAAUCGGAAGAACCGGGCGUACUAAUAAAACUGGAACUGCUUACACAUUCUUCACACCUUCAAAUGCUGCUAAAGCUGGUGAUCUCGUGUCAGUGUUAAAAGAAGCCAAGCAAGUUGUCAAUCCUAAACUACAAGAGUUGUCAGAACGUGGGGGAGGUGGUGGAAGACGACAUCGCGGGCGCGGAGGAAGAUAUCGCCGAGGAGGACGUCGUUCAAGGUCACGAUCGCGUUCUCGCGACCGCCGCCGACGCUCACGCACGCGCUCGCGCUCUCGCGAUCGCCGCCGCCGCAGACACAGCUCCUCCAGAUCGUCCCGCAGCAGAUCCUCCAAAUCCUCGCGAAGUCGCUCACGCUCGCGGUCUCGCUCAAGAAGCCGAUCUCGCUCAGGCAAGUGCAGCCCACAGAAGGACGCUUCUAACACUGCGCCUCAGCCUGCGCCCCAGGCGCUCCUGCCGACGCCCAAACCGCUCCUGCCCACGCCCAUCGGCCCUCAGUUGCCCUCGGCACAGUUCGACAGACAUAACGGUAGAGAUGCCCCCCCGACCCGUCCUCGCGAUGAUAAAAUUAGUUCUCAUGAUAAAGAUUUCGCUCAGAAGAAUAAUCAAAGUAAUAAUAGUAAUAAUCAAAUCAGUAACGAUACAAAUUUGCAGCAGCAACAGCAACAGCAGGCGAAUACCAUUCCACCUCUGAUGGCCCUGAAUCCCCAAAUGAAUAUGUGCAUUCCUCCUCCCAUGAACGGCCAAGGCUUCGUCAUGCCUUCGUAUUUUCCUAGCGAGCAGUAUGGCGUGAUAAUGCCCAACUUCACUCCGAGCCCCAUGCUCGACGCGUCAACGUGGGGCGCCCCGCCCCCGCCUCCGCCCCCUCCCCCUCCGGCUGAGGCCACCGGAGGGUUCCAGAACAAUUACAAUUAUGGACAGAGUGGUUUGGGACAAAGUGGCAUGGAGUCAGAUUCCAGAAAACGAGGAGGUCGUUCUGGUGGCCUCGGAAGUUCGAGCUCGUACGGCUCGAGCUCCGGCAGCGGCGGCCUGGGUGCCGACGGAGGCCUCGGGUCUAGCGGCGGCGGUCUGGGCUCGGCCGGCCUCGGGUCGGGCGGCCUGGGCUUCGGCGGAGGCCUCGGCUCCGACGAGGGCCAGGGCGGCUCGCGCUCGCGCGGCGGCCGGCGGCGCCGCGGAAGAGGACGCGACCACGACGACUAUAGCUCGGAACCUCCGAGCGGUGGUCUCGGGUCUCAAGGCUCGAGUGGCUCGGGCGGCCUGGGUGGACUGGGCGGCCUGGGCCAGGCUUCCGGCGGCUUGGCUCCUGGCGGUCUCGGCGUGCCCCAUGGGAGCCUGUUGCCGCGCAUGCUUCCACACGAUAUUGGCGAAUUUAGUGGACAACAGGGAGCUAACUUCACCGCUUUUGGUUCCUAUGGGCCUAAGAAUAAUAAAAGAAACCAACAAGGAAAUCCUAACGCAGAUUACAAUGAAAGCAACAUGAAUGGUCUUGAAUAUUAUGGUAAUCAAAACAUGGGCCCUGGCCGACCGUUCGCAGCUGGUAUGGAUCAAUAUUCCAGUGGUGCGCAGGCAAAUGGCUCCAUGGGGUACAGAAAUGACCGCCAGGGCAAUCGCCAACGACGGUGAAUGAGAUUGAGAAAACGGAUAUAACGGAGAUUCGCGGCGACGUAGAAGGCGGUGAACUUGACAGGAUGUGCAGUAACAGAACAACGUAAAUUAAGGAGCUAGUUAUUUUCAUUCCAUAUAUUAUGCGAUUGAUGGCACUAGAUUGAUUUUUUUAGCAAACCCCCUUUGAAAUUUAUUCCAUGCCAUUUACAUAAAAAAUGACUUUGAAGUGAUUGAAUAGUAUGUAUAUAAUACAAUGAUGUAUUUAAUUAUGUUCUACAGGAGAAUAAAUACUGUAAUUAUUUAUGUAACUGUUUAUUUUGAUUUAUAAUAACGUUGUCUCUUUGGGGGCUUUUAACCCAAUUUUAACAAACAACAAUGCAUUGGUGUAUAUUUAGCUACAUAAUGAAUUAUAAUAUAGUCCGACGGCAUCUUGCUUGCAACAAGCAAGUUCAUGGUGGGCCCUUUGAGCUAUUGUAACUGAUAUUAAAAAAAUCACCAUGAUUUAUUAAAUGUGUGUUCUGGGCUUGUAAGUUGUAGGUAUAGUUUCACGUAUCCUAUAAGAUCUGUUUAAGAUGAAAACUUUGUAAUAUUUUGCAUAAUAUGAGAUUGCUUGGAUUGGUAUUUGGUAGUGGACUGUAUACUAAAUACUGUUUGACUGAGACUGCUCGAGAGGUAGGGUGCAGUUAGGUGAUAACAACUUAAUUACUCAAUUUUUAGGGUUCCGUACCUCAAAAGGAAAAACGGAAUCCUUAUAGGAUCACUUUGUCUGUCUGUCUAUCUAACUGUCCGUCCGUCCGUUCGUCCGUCCGUCCAUCGUGACUGUCAAGAAAACCUAUAGGGUACUUCCUGUAAUCAUGAGUGAGGUAAGUAGGUCUUAUAGCACAAGUAAAGGAAUAAAUCCGAAAACCGUGAAUUUGUGGUUAGUACAUCAUUAUAACAAAUUGAAAAUGUGUUUAAAUUUUCAAAGUAAUAUAACUAUACCAAGUGGGGGUAUCAUAUGAAACGGCUUUACCUGUACAUUCUAAAACAGAUUUUUAUUUAUUUUUAUGCAUAGUUUUUGAUUUAUUCAGCAAAAUGACAAAAAAGUACCGAGUGCGGAACCAUCGGUGCGCGAGUCCGACUCGCACUUGGCAGGUUUUUACGCCAACUAUCGCCUUUCCGCAACCCGCGCCCUAACUGACGUGACGAGCCGUCUCAGUGAUAUUGUAUAGGAGUACCUACUUGUAGUUGUCGAUUUCUUACGCACUACCUAUUUAUUUUCCAAUUGAGUACAUUAUUUCAUAAGUGUAUUUUUAAGUAACCACUUGAAAACUAUUGACUAAAUAGAUAUUAUCUUAUUUCAUAGAAUAAAAUUUUAAGCAAA